UCAUACCAAAACUUUUUCAUCUUAUGCGCUUGAAAAACCCACGAUUUUCAAUUUUCAGAGAAACCACUUUUGAUCUUAGCCUUUAGAUUUCGCGGAGUGACGAUCAGUAAUGGCUGGAAAGGGUGAAGGACCAGCGAUCGGGAUCGAUCUCGGUACCACGUACUCAUGUGUCGGAGUAUGGCAGCACGAUCGGGUUGAAAUCAUAGCCAACGACCAGGGUAACCGGACGACGCCGUCUUAUGUUGCUUUUACUGACACUGAGAGGUUGAUCGGUGAUGCUGCUAAGAAUCAGGUCGCCAUGAACCCGACUAACACUGUUUUUGAUGCAAAGCGUUUAAUUGGUAGGAGAUAUUCUGAUCCGUCUGUUCAGAGUGACAUGAAGCUCUGGCCUUUUAAGGUGAUUCCUGGUCCUGGUGACAAGCCAAUGAUUGUUGUGAACUACAAGGGUGAAGAGAAGCAGUUCGCUGCUGAGGAAAUAUCUUCUAUGGUUCUCAUAAAGAUGCGUGAGAUUGCUGAGGCUUACCUUGGCUCAACCAUUAAGAACGCCGUUGUUACUGUCCCUGCCUACUUCAAUGACUCUCAGCGUCAGGCUACAAAAGAUGCUGGUGUCAUUGCUGGACUAAAUGUCAUGCGAAUUAUCAACGAACCCACGGCCGCAGCCAUUGCUUAUGGUCUGGAUAAGAAAGCCACUAGUGUUGGCGAGAAAAAUGUGUUGAUAUUUGAUUUGGGCGGUGGAACUUUUGAUGUGUCCUUGUUGACCAUUGAAGAGGGUAUAUUCGAGGUGAAGGCUACAGCAGGUGACACUCACCUUGGAGGUGAAGAUUUUGAUAACCGUAUGGUGAACCACUUCGUUCAGGAUUUUAAGAGGAAGCACAAGAAAGACAUCAGUGGCAACCCAAGAGCCCUAAGAAGACUGAGAACUGCUUGUGAGAGGGCUAAGAGGACUCUAUCGUCCACUGCUCAAACUACCAUUGAAAUUGAUUCCCUUUUCGAUGGUAUUGAUUUUUACACAACAAUUACCCGUGCUAGAUUUGAGGAGCUCAACAUGGAUCUUUUUAGGAAAUGUAUGGAGCCUGUUGAGAAGUGUUUGAGGGAUGCUAAGAUGGACAAGAGCACUGUGCAUGAUGUUGUCCUUGUUGGUGGUUCCACUAGGAUUCCCAAGGUGCAGCAACUUUUGCAAGAUUUCUUCAACGGGAAGGAGCUGUGCAAGAGCAUUAACCCAGAUGAGGCUGUUGCCUAUGGUGCUGCAGUCCAGGCUGCUAUCUUAAGCGGCGAAGGAAAUGAGAAGGUUCAGGACCUAUUACUAUUGGAUGUUACUCCUUUGUCCCUUGGUCUAGAGACUGCUGGAGGUGUUAUGACUGUCUUGAUUCCAAGAAACACAACCAUUCCCACCAAGAAAGAGCAAGUUUUCUCCACCUACUCAGACAACCAACCUGGUGUGUUGAUUCAAGUUUACGAGGGUGAAAGGGCUAGAACCCGGGACAACAACUUGCUUGGGAAAUUUGAGCUUUCAGGAAUUCCUCCAGCACCCAGGGGUGUUCCUCAAAUCACCGUCUGCUUCGACAUCGAUGCAAAUGGUAUCCUCAAUGUUUCAGCUGAGGACAAGACCACCGGCCAAAAGAACAAGAUCACCAUCACCAACGACAAGGGUAGGUUGUCGAAGGAAGAAAUUGAGAAGAUGGUUCAAGAGGCCGAAAAGUACAAGUCGGAAGACGAAGAGCACAAGAAGAAGGUGGAUGCGAAGAACGCAUUGGAAAAUUAUGCCUACAACAUGAGGAAUACUGUCAAGGAUGACAAGAUCAGCUCCAAGUUGUCCCCAGCAGACAAGAAAAAGAUUGAGGAUGCCAUCGACGAGGCAAUUGGUUGGUUGGACAGUAACCAGCUUGCUGAGGCAGACGAGUUUGAGGACAAGAUGAAAGAGCUCGAAAGCGUUUGCAACCCAAUUAUUGCAAAAAUGUAUCAAGGCUCUGGUCCUGAUGCGGGUGCUCCCAUGGAUGAAGAUGUUCCUCCUGCUGGUGGCAGUGGUGCUGGUCCCAAGAUUGAGGAAGUUGAUUAAGAUUUUUUACUCGCCACUUUUCUGUGAACUGCUCCUUUAUGCGGGGUUUAUUGAUUUUACUUUUAGUUUGGAUGUUUAUGUUUUUUUUUUGGUCCAUUUGUAUUCAGUUUAAUUAGAACUCUUAAAGUUGUGCGUUUUCUACUGUAAUAGUACAAUGAAUCGAAUGUUUUCUUAGUUGAGUUCAUAAA